AUGCAGUUCACCCUCCUGGCCCUACUUGGCCUUGCCUCCCUAGCCACAGCAACCGCCCCCCUCCAACCCUGGCAAGUCUCCCGUCUCGGCACCUUCAGCCCCUCCGGCCGUCCGAACAGCACCACCACCAGCGUCCUCAAUACGACCAUCUCCGACCCCAACGACGCCGUCGUACCCGCGGCCAUCUGCGUCGCCACUUUCGAAGCAUUCGAGCCGUACCCAUACGGUGACGUAGUAUACAAAUGCUCAGAGGUGCCUGGUCAGCUGUGGAGCCUUCGCAUUCUGGAGGCCAACAACGGUAAUCCCUCGUCGCCGACGACGAAUUUUCGAUUGGAGUUUACGCAGAAUAAGGGGGCAGAGGGGGGCGUGUUUGUGGGGACGGAGAGCUUUCAUGUUGGGGACAAUAUGAGUGGCGUGUGUGGGGGGAGUGGGGUGUGUUCUUGGGGGUUGAAGGCGGAACGUGUGCCGGUUUUGGUGAAGCAGGAGUUGGUUACGAUGGGUGUAUGA